UCGAGUCGUGCGAUUUUUUCCCCAAAUUUUGUUACUGCUGAAUCCGGAAUAAUUCACAAUUAUUGCGGAAUAAAUUUGCCCAUUCAAGGAAGAUAUUAUUAACAGUGGUGUAAGAUGGAAACCCGUUCGUUGGAACACGUUUCCGGAACGAAUGUGUUACCGGACGGUGGACCCAAUAUUUGUCGAAUUUGUCUCAUCAAUGGCAAUUCCGUUGGUGAAGACGACCUUUCCAAGGAGGGAAUGGACUCAAUCUUCAGUACCAUCGGUGAGUAUGAACAGCGAAGCUUGUACGCUAUCCUGGUGACGAUAUGUGUUCCACUUCGGGAACGGGAAAUGCUGAAAGGUGUGCCGGAACGGAUUUGCCGAGCAUGCAAGUGGCGUUUACUGUCUGCUUUCGAAUUGUACGAAACCUGUCUGCGCAACGACGAGAAGAUGCGCAGUAUUGCCGCCGAAAUGCUGAACCAAUCCCAGGACUCUAGCCCAGAAAACGAACCAAUCUGCAUUAAACAAGAGCCGGACCGCGAAGAAGCUGUACUUAACCACGAUGUUUCUGCUGGCUUAGGAUCAUCUAUGCAACACAAUCACGACUAUCCGGAAGCAGAAAGCCCUCAGAUCAUGGCUCAGUCAGAUUUGCCAGAGGAAAUGGCGCUUGCGAUGGGCCCAGAUGAAUUCCUGUUUAAGGAGCACUAUAGACUGAGUGAAAAAGGCAAUCACUAUUGUGGAAUCUGCAAUGGGAUGUUCCCUAGCAAGUAUUAUGCCUGGAAACAUAUUUUAUCUAAACAUGAUCCGGCAAAGCCGUUCAAAUGCGACGUAUGCCAUUUCACACUGAUGACGGAACUUGAAUUGAUUAAGCAUGAAGCCGCAGUUCAUGGUCUAGAAACGUUAGCUUCUCCGCACCAUUCCUCUGAAGAUACCAAAGCUCGAACUGAAUGGAGGGUGGAACAGUGCGAGGAACAUCCCCAGGAGUCUGAUGCACCUGGAAACGAACAAAUCUGCAUUAAGCAAGAGGUGUCGGACCCUGAAGAGCCAGACUUAGACCUUAGCCACAGCUAUCCGAAAACAGAAAGCACUCGGCUCAUGGACCAAUCAGAUUUGCUAAAGGAAAUGGUGCCUUCGAUAGAACAAGAAACUUGCGAGGAAAAGUUGCCUGAAAAGCGCCAUCAUAAACAAGUGCCUGUUCUACGUUUACCGCCGAAAAAACUCGCUGCCGAAAGCGACGAGAAACAUGACUACAAAUGCAAUAUCUGUUCGGAAACAUUCGCCAUGGUAGGUGUUUUCAACAUGCACAUGAAAUUGCACCAACUGUUGGCAGCAGAGAAGGAAAAGAAACAACGCAAGAAUCUGGAGAUGCAAACUAAGCAGGACAGCAAAUCUAAACAACAGGAGUCGCUUACAGAGAACAAUGCCAUGGAAGGCAUAGAAACCAGCAAUGUAAGUAAUGUCAGAGGGGCUGGUAUGGAGAGUUCAAGUAGUUGCGAUAAUAAAAACAACACUUCGGUACCGCCUAAAAAGAAAAACCGCAACGCACCCUACGUGUUUGUGUGUAUAUACUGCAACGAGGAAUUCAAGGAACGCGAUGCACUGCUGAAGCAUAGGGAAAUACACAAAGGGUUGCAGCUAUACGUCCUUCCCGAGGAUGAUGACACGCGGCUGGAAAGGGUACGUGCUCGCCAAGACCCGGAAGCAGCUCGGGAAAGGAGGCGAGUUGCACAGGCAUUGCGACGGGCGCAAGAAACGUCAGAACAAAAGCAAAAGCGACAACGGGCUGAUGCAACGCGGAAUGCCCUGCGACGUUCGCAACAAACAACAGAGCAAAGGCGAGAGCGACGAAACUACGAUGCGAACCGACAUGCCAAGCGUCGUGGAGCGACAACAAAGGCGCCGUGUUCGCCAACGUCAACACCAGAGGUUGAUAACGAAACAAUUUAACACUCGCCGGAAGCGACAGCGACAAAACGGUAAAAAACGACGAAUGUCUGAUGUAACAAUCCAUGUUAUCGGUCGGAUGGACUAUAAUUUACCGUUGGUUUAUUCGCCAAUCUUCAAGAACUCUACUUGCUGAGUUAUAAACAUAAAC